CCCCAAGAAACACAUUUUGGAAGCUAAGUUUGCUGGGUAUGCAUUCCUCUACGUAGCUUUUCAGUCAUGCUCCUCAGAGGCUUCCAGUUCCACAUGCUGCAUGAGCCAGUAAGAAUAUACAUCUCAGCUUUGUGCCUGCUUCUAGACUGAGGAUGAGGUGGGUGGUGAGGUGCAAGAGACAGGUAACAUGUGGUAACCCUUACAUGGGUAACUGGUUGAUAAGAUCACACUAAAGCAUAAGGACCAGUCAGAAAAUAUAUGCCAGCACAUACUGAGGUGUAUUGUGUAUGGUGUGAAGAAUGAAGGGAUUUACCCAAAGGAGAGUUCUAGAAGAGUGGUCAAGAAGUGCUUCAUGGAGGAGGGAGGAACUGAUCUGGGCACUAAAGGGUGGGUUGUAUUGAAGCAGGAAGGAAACAUUCCAGUCAGAAGGGGCAUAGGUAGUAGUGUGGAUCAUAGUGUCUGGCAUAUGUGUGCUCCAUAAAUUACUUUGAAUUAUUCCAUGAUGUGAGGAACUGGAUGUGAUUUACAUGGAGGCUAUAUUAUUAAGUAAUAGUAAUAAGUUUGGAUGUAUAGAAUAGUAAGUAGGCCUUGAUUGUAUAGACCUUGAAAAUCAGGAGUGAAAAAUCAAAACCUGUUAAAAGUUCAAGAAGGUCACAUAAUAAAGGAGGUUUAAUCUGGAAGUGGUAAGAAGGUUGGAUUAGGUACAGACUAUCUAAACAGUGGUGGUAAUAAUCUGUGUCUUUGUUAGCCAGGAAUACGAUGGUGCCCAAAAGACUUACGUGCAAUCACAGUACACAAGAGAGUUCAAAGGGCUAUGGAGAUGGAGAGAAAUGAUUUAUGACCACCCCAGGAUUUAAGAUGGCCAAUUCAGAGAAAUGCUGUGCCUUUACCAGAGAUUGGCAUGUUAUCUCAUUUUACGACGGAUAAGGUUAAAUUUUGAAACUUGAGGAGAGUGGCAUUACAAAACCUGGAUUUGAAUCCCAGAACCUCACUUAAUGACCAGUUUCCGGCAGGCAUGGCAUUUGACCUUUCUUAGCUUUUAUUGACUACCACAUGCAGAUAUCCCACAAGGAUUAAAUGGAGUAAUGUGCUGGAGGAGACUUUUUGAAGUAUUCCAGGGAAUCUGUUUGUGAAAGGAUGAUAAGAUAUACAAGUUUCAAAUAUUUUACUGGAGUACAAGUGAGUGAGAAGGCAGAAUUUAGUUGUAUUCAUUUUCCUAGAACUGCUAAAACAAAUUACCACAUCUUACCACUGGGUGGCUUAAAACAACAGAAAUUUAUUCUCACAGCUCUGGAGGCCAGAAGUCUGAAGACCACGGGAAUUAAAUUGCCUUCAUCAGUAUUUGCAUCAGAGUUUGAGGAAGAUGUUGGAUUGUUGAAUAAAGCAGCUCCUGUUUCAGGACCUCGGCUGGAUUUUGAUCCUGACAUUGUUGCAGCCCUUGAUGAUGAUUUUGACUUUGAUAAUCCAGAUAAUCUGCUUGAAGAUGAUUUUAUUCUUCAGGCCAAUAAGCCAACAGAAGAAAAUGGAAUAGAUACACAGCUUAGGAAAUCUGAGGCCGAAGAUGACAGUGAGUGGGAAGACAUGGAUGAUGAGAAGGAAAGAGGUGGUGAUGACGAUAACUAUGGCUCUGUGGGCUCAUCAGAUGAGACCAUGUCUAUCUCUGGAAAACCUCCUGGGACUGUAGAAAAUCACUUAUUCUGGGAAGAGGAAACAAAAAGCCGCUUUACUGAGUAUUCUAUAACAUCUUCAGUCAUGAGGAGAAAUGAACAGCUGACUCUUCAUGAUGAGAGAUUUGAGAAGUUUUAUGAGCAAUAUGAUGAUGAUGAAAUUGGAGCUCUGGAUAAUGCUGAAUUGGAAGGUUGCAUUCAAGUAGACAGCAAUCGCUUAGAGGAAGUCUUGAAUGACUACUACAAAGAGAAGGCAGAGAAUUGUGUAAAACUGAAUACUCUUGAACCCUUCGAGGAUCAGGACUUGCUAAUGAAUGAACUUGAUGGAUCUGAGGAGGAAGAGGUUAUUACUGUAGUUCUUGAAGAAGCCAAAGAGAAGUGGGAUUGUGAAUCUAUUUGUAGUACAUACUCAAAUUUAUAUAACCAUCCACAACUUAUCAAGUAUCAACCAAAGCCCAAACAAAUCCGAAUAUCUUCUAAAACAGGAAUACCUCUCAAUGUCUUACCUAAGAAAGGACUCACAGCAAAACAAGUUGAACGAAUGCAGAUGAUUAAUGGCAGUGAUCUGCCAAAGGUGUCAACCCAACCUCGAUCUAAAAAUGAAAGCAAAGAAGAUAAAAAAGCAAGGAAGCAAGCUAUAAAAGAAGAGCGCAAGGAGCGGAGAGUGGAGAAGAAAGCUAACAAAUUAGCCUUCAAACUGGAAAAAAGAAGGCAGGAAAAGGAGCUCUUAAACUUGAAGAAGAAUGUUGAGAGGCUAAAACUAUGACAGUAGAACAUUUGGGAUAAGGUGCAUUCGCCCGCUGGGGCUCCUCGUUAUGUUCAGUAUUGAACAAGGAUCUUCAAAGAGAUAAAAUUACUUAAUCUGCCAUUUUUACUGGCAGGUAUUUAUACCACCAGGUUUUCUCUGCCAUCUGUCUUGUAAAUAUUGUAGCACUUUAAAACUUAAUAUUAGAAGCUUAGAAUUUGCUCUGAAAUAAAUGAUUUCACAAAUGUGAAAUGUUUGGAUGAGUUUAAGGAAAACAUCUUCAUAACAUAAAUGGAAUUGGUGUAUUCUUCAUUUAUUUGUGUGAUUGUCCCAGCUGUCUUUUGCAGAUGUUCUCAAAUAGUUCUUUGAAACCUUUCCACUCCUUUUCAGGAGUUAAGUGGUUUUAAUUUGCUGUAUGUAGAAAAGUGACCCCAUUAAACUCCAUUUUGAAAUUCUGAGUGGUUUAACAGUUUUCCUGAGGAGAUUCCACUGGUAGGAAAUAAGUUUCCCCCUGCUGUAUGCAAAGGGCUGUUUCAAAAGGAUGGUAAAAAUGAGUAUUAGGAUUGUUGGGACUCAAUUACUGGAUGACUUACUUUUGGAUUUUAGGAAGAGCGAAGACAGGAAGCAGAAGCAGAAAUCAAGAAAAUGUCCUUGGCUUCAGUGAGUACCUGGCUCAAAAUCAGAAAUAUUUACUUCAGUUUAAACUAGAAAGUUUGUCUUUUCAACAUUAUUUAAUGCUUGGAACCAUUCAUAUUUGAUUAAAAGAUGUAGUUGAAA